UCUGCAAAAGCUGCCCAGAACAGACUUUGCUCUGAAAAGCAGUGCCGUUCCUUUUUAGAAAGACUGAAUCUAAAUGUUGUCUCUGGAGACAAGAAGCCUUCAGUAUGUUAAAUUACUUUCAUUACGUAUUUUCAGAUUCUUAUUGAUUCCACAGUAGGAAGAGUGAGAGACUGCAGCAGGCUCUAAGCAGCACUACAUGUUCCAUACAUUAGCAGUACUGCUGAAACAAUGGCACAGUACAGACACAUAUUUUCAUUAAGGUCUUUUUCGAAGAGAUGUUUAUGACCCUCUUCCCCCCGUCCUCUACUAACAAGUGAACAAAAUGAAUCCAUCAAAACUGGAAACGCUUCAACUACAUCAAGAAUUUAUCAAAUCUUUAGUGGAGGGCCCACAGCAACUAAUUCAGUAUUUACAACUGAAAAUAUGAAGAAUGCAUCUGACUGAGCAUCUCCCUAGCUGUCUGAACCACAAACUGCAGGAUAUUUUUGUAACACAUGAUUUUAAGACAUUAAGGAGUUAAAACCAGAGAAUAUAGGUCUAAAUUACUGCUGGGAUAUAACACAUCGACAGUAAUCAUCCUAAGAAGAUGCUAUAUGAAAUAGCCACAAAAAAAGAAAAACAAUAUAACUGUAAAAGCCUGAAAACAAAAUGGUGAGCAUUUUUAAAGGAGGAGUUUAUACUUUAACAUCCCAGAAUCGUGGAGCCACUGAUUCUUGAAGAAACAAUGAAACAAGGAUUGCCAAAAGGAGAAUGCUAUACAUUACCAGCAAGCUAAACGGAGCUUUAGCAAGUAUUUUCUGCACUAAAUAUUCAGAUAUUCGUAUCAAUUGAUAUUAUUAAAGGAUUUUUCCAUCUGAGUUUUAUGACCAAUUAUGUAUCCUGUUCUAAUGAGAACAAACCAGAUUAAAUACCAGAUGGCUUUUAUCAAAAGAACGUGGACCGGAUUUAUAAUAUAAAGCAAGUUAUGUGAUCAAGAAAUCAUUUCAAACUAAUGAGGACUGCUAUAGAAACAGACAGAUUUGUAACAAAAGGAUGUCUAAAUAUAUUUUGGAAGCUAGAAACCUUAUGUUUCCUCUUUUGUUAUCAUUAUGUUCUGGAAAAUAAAGAGACACCAUCAUACAAGCCCUCAAAGGGAAAUAUAAUUCUUAUCAUUUGAGGAAGUUUCUGUUGGUCGUGACUUUUUAAGACAAAACAAACACAAAUAUUUCGUACUGGUCUUUAGAAAUCCAUCAGCCAACUAAAUCUUACAAUUCAUGCAGUUGAAGUAUUGGAGAGAAACUGAAAGAAUUCCUACAAGACAUGAAAUAAAACACAGCUACUUCACUGUUGUCAGGGAAAAAGCCAACUGCUCCAAAAGAAUGUGUUUUUCUCUCAUUCUGGAAAUCAACAUGCAGUCUGAAUCUAACAUUACAGUGCAAGAUGACAUUGAUGACAUCAACACCAAUAUGUACCAACCACUAUCAUAUCCAUUAAGCUUUCAAGUGUCUCUCACCGGAUUUCUUAUGUUAGAAAUUGUGUUGGGACUUGGCAGCAACCUCACCGUGUUGGUACUUUACUGCAUGAAAUCCAACUUAAUCAACUCUGUCAGUAACAUUAUUACAAUGAAUCUUCACGUACUUGAUGUAAUAAUUUGUGUGGGAUGUAUUCCUCUAACUAUAGUUAUCCUUCUGCUUUCACUGGAGAGUAACACUGCUCUCAUCUGCUGUUUCCAUGAGGCCUGUGUAUCUUUUGCAAGUGUCUCAACAGCAAUCAACGUCUUUGCUAUCACUUUGGACAGAUAUGACAUCUCUGUAAAACCUGCAAACCGAAUUCUGACAAUGGGCAGAGCUGUAAUGCUAAUGAUAUCCAUUUGGAUUUUUUCAUUUUUCUCUUUCCUGAUUCCCUUUAUUGAGGUAAAUUUUUUCAGUCUUCAAAGUGGAAAUACAUGGGAGAACAAGACACUUUUGUGUGUCAGUACAAAUGAAUACUACACUGAACUGGGAAUGUAUUAUCAUCUGCUAGUACAGAUCCCAAUAUUCUUUUUCACUGUCAUAGUAAUGUUAAUCACAUACACCAAAAUACUUCAGGCUCUUAAUAUUCGAAUAGGCACAAGAUUUUCAACAGGGCAGAAGAAGAAAGCAAGAAAGAAAAAGACAAUUUCUCUAACCACGCAACAUGAGACUACAGACAUGUCACAAAGCAGUGGUGGGAGAAAUGUAGUCUUUGGUGUAAGAACUUCAGUCUCUGUAAUAAUUGCCCUCCGGCGAGCUGUGAAACGACACCGUGAACGACGAGAAAGGCAAAAAAGAGUCUUCAGAAUGUCUUUAUUGAUUAUUUCUACAUUUCUUCUCUGCUGGACACCAAUUUCUGUUUUAAAUACCACCAUUUUAUGUUUAGGCCCAAGUGACCUUUUAGUAAAAUUAAGGUUGUGUUUUCUAGUCAUGGCUUAUGGAACAACUAUAUUCCACCCUCUAUUAUAUGCAUUCACUAGACAAAAAUUUCAAAAGGUCUUGAAAAGUAAAAUGAAAAAGCGAGUUGUUUCCAUAGUGGAAGCUGACCCCAUGCCUAAUAAUGCCGUAAUACACAACUCUUGGAUAGAUCCUAAGAGAAAUAAAAAAAUUACCUUUGAAGAUAGUGAAAUAAGAGAAAAAUGUUUAGUACCUCAGGUUGUCACAGACUAGGAGAAUGUCUAAGUUUCACCAAACUCACAUUCAGAAGUUUUAAAUUUAAACUGUAAAAAAUAAAAUUACUGCCAAAUAUAAGAAAAAACAUUUUAAGUAUUGGUUAUGUUGUAAAUUUUCAAUGUAAAUGUCAAGAUUAGAUUAGGUCAUAUAUAUUCUCUUUCUUCAUUACUUAAUGUAUUUGUUGCAUGGCAGUUUGUUAAAGUAACAUCAUAUGUAUAUUUUGUCAAUAUUAUGUCCAUCAGAAGAUACUCAUGUAAGUCAUGUUUUCUAAAGAAUAAAUACAUAGCCUUAAAACAGUGUACAACUUUAAAAUGUAACUGACACAGGAAUCCUUGCUGUUUUUUUUUUAUAAAGUGUAUUGUUUCUAAGCCACAAAUUAUAGAUAGAUAUAUUUAUAUGAUGACAACCGGAAUAGCAUUUUGACAUAAGAACUAAAAUUAUGGGCUACAAACAAUCCAAAUAAUUCAGGAUUUUCUGUACAAUUAUGUCAUGUUUUCUGGCAUAGUCUACUUGCUAUAAUAUUUAAUGCAUCAAAAAUAAUGAACUAUGUAUGAAACUUUAUCCUUUUUUGAAUGUAGAAAAUUGUAGGAUUAACCAGGAUUUUAAAAUUCAAGAACCAAAAAAACAAACAACUCCGUAUAUGCACACCAAGAUAGGAAAACUUUGAAAUUCAAGUCUGUUAUGAAAAAGAGAUUGAUUUUCUACUAUCAAGGGCACUAUGCCUAUAAUAUACAAAUGAACUGACAAUAAAAGGAAGGAAGAAAACUAAAGCACCAGCCUCUUUCUUCCUUCCCCACUUUGCUUGAGUCUAAGCCUAAUGCUCUGGACUAAUACUGUAUAGUGGUACAAACCAGUGCAUUAAAAUAAACUGACUUGCUAACAUU